GGUCCCGCAGGACCGCGCGCAAAAACCCGUCGGUUAAGCAGAGGCUAGGCUAGGCUGCAGCUGAAGCAGCAAGUUCCGAGUAUUAGCUACUAUAAGCAGCAAGUUGGUGCACUUAAAUUCAGAGAGGCUGCCCGAACCUGCAGAAUGAUGAUGAGAGCGACUCUUGUGUCCUUGAUGGGCAUCGCCCUCGCUUUUAGCAGCCCACUGGACAAUGACAGCAUGCCCAAAUUUGUGAAGAGCGCGCGCCCGGCGCAGACGCGGCGGCGCCUCGACGAAUGCGUAAACGUCGUCGUGUCCGGAUCUCCCCUGCCCGAAUUGCACGGGACUUACGUGCAAAAAGGAUCGUGCAAUAAUGGCUGGCCCCGCUGGGAGUGCGAUAAAUGGGGGGGAUGCAGCGAAACCAGGUACAUCUGGUACCAAUUUGACUCCAAUUGGCACAUUGGGCCUAAUUCCUGCUCGGAUUCUGCUGAAAUUUAUACAUUGGACCUGGACGCGGACCUUAGGUCCUUCUCUGGUACGUGGAAUGAGUAUACCACCACCGGGUACUGGCAACCGAACUCGGCCAUCUCGGUCACGUGUGCAGGUGAUGGCAUGACCGACAGUAGCAUCAGAACGGCCGUCGCGGCGUGGCUUUCGAACAGCGCAUCGGCAGAGGCGACGUACGGCCAUAUUUCUACGUGGGAGACUGGGGGGGUGACGGACAUGUCGUAUUUAUUUUGUGCUCAUUCUUCGUGGAGUAAUUGCAACACGGUCGCGGGGUCCUUCAACGAGGACAUCAGCGCGUGGGACACCUCCGGCGUCACAACGAUGUACACGAUGUUCUACUCCGCCUCGGCCUUCGACCAGGACCUCGGCUGGUGCGUGGACGACGGCGUGGACCUGCGCCUCGCUUUCGACGAGACCCCGUGCGAGUCGACGUCGUGCGGUGUCAAUAACGUGGCUUCACUACGGUGCGGCGGUACGAUGGGCGACAGCAGCAUCAGAACGGCCGUCCGGGCGUGGCUUACGGACGAGGCAGCAGCCGAGGCGACGUACGGCCAUAUAUCGACGUGGAAUACUGGGAGGGUGACGGACAUGCAUGAACUGUUCUCGUCGUGGACGGGAGCGAACAGGUACUUUAACGAGCCGAUAGGCAACUGGGACGUCCGCAAGGUGAAGAACAUGCACGACAUGUUCCAGAACGCGGAGUCCUUCAAUCAAGCUCUUGGCAAAUGGCAAGUCGGCGCUGUCACAGAUAUGAGUGACAUGUUCCAGCGCGCGGCGUCGUUUAAUCAGCCACUCAAUGAUUGGGAUCUGUCCAAUGUGCAGGACAUGGAGGAGAUGUUCGAGGAGGCAGAGGCCUUCGACCAGGACCUUGGCUGGUGCGUGGACAUGAGCCUGCGAAUCGCAUUUAAAAAAACCAAGUGCGAGUCGGCUGCGUGCGGCGUCGCGCAAAAGGACGUGAUCGGCAUAUGCGAAUGGUUACCACCCGUCCGUCCGUGUCUCAUUGGCACAAAAACGAAAAGGCGAUGUUAUAUCACCUCAGGAACACUCAUCAUCGCCGUUCUGCUUGUCCUUCUUGCUGGCUUCAGCACAUGCGUCUGCUGUAGGAAGAAGAAGGACGAAACUUACUUCGCCGCCGCCCGCCGCCUCCUCCGCAGCUGCCUCUGCUGCUGCUGCCUCUGCUGCAGGAAAAAGAAGGAAAAAGGUAGCGUUAACUCCCAACCGGAUUCCCGGGCGGAGUCGCCACGGGAAGAGCCCGACGAGGAAGCGACCGCCUCCGAGUCUCUGGAGUCGCGCGCCCAAGCCGCAGCCAAGGCCGAGGAGGCCGUCGAGCCUUCGUCCUUCUCGAAGCUUACCUCGUUCCUGUUCGGCGAGCGAGAAGAGGCCCCCAUGGAAGAGACCCCCAAGGAAGAAGAAGAGGCCGCCGCCCUCCCCGUCGUCGCGGAAGCCGAGGAGGAGGGAGCAACCGAACAACCACCACCGCCGCCGGCGAAACGCUGGUUCUCGCGCGAGCCACCGAAAGCCGAGGAGAUGCACCAGCGGGUGGGCUGUUGGUAUACCUUUGCGCCGGAAGCGGCCGCGUUGCGCGCCGCCUGGGGUGAGUACCCAGGGACGCCCGACGCCCUCCAAGCGUGGCCCGGUUUCGUCCAGGUCACGAACGCGUUCCUCGACGCCAAGCUGGACGCCAAGCUGGCUUAGGCCUAAUAUUAUCUAGGAAGAGG